AUGGUUGGAUGGUCCAACUCAGUGGAGCGCAAGUCUAAAAAUGUUUAUGCAAAAAAGAAAAAAGAAGAAUUUGAUUUGCUGCUCACGAAUGACAAUAUUAUGUGGCAGUCAUAUGCAAGAUUACGUGAUGAUUUUUUGCCUGACUAUCUUGCUGGCCAGAUGGAUGUUGCGUUUUCACGCACAAUUUUGAUAUGUUUUGAGAAACUAGCACAUCACAGGCCGGACUUGUGCCCACUAAAAAUGAACUUACAAGCUGAUUUAGUUCCAGUUGAGCCAUCAGUAACCAUUGUCAACAAGAAGCGUACCGCUUCUCAGAAAUUUGACUGGAAUGUGAGGCAUGCUGUUUUUGUUAAGAUGUGGGAGGAGAGAAGAUUACAUUUGAUUGUAAAUCGAAAUGAGUCUCUUGAUAUCCUAGAAGGUUGGGUCCUUAAAUUAUUCGACGGCGUCAAGAAAGGCUCUCUGAUUAAGUCAGAUACAUGUUUAGAUGGUCCUAUUUGGAAAGCUGGCAAAAUUUAUAAAUUAGAGGUUGAUAAAGAUGUUCAUUCACUUAAUUUGUCAUGGACAUUACCUUCCCUGCAAGAAUAUUAUCCAACGAAGGCUGAAGAUUACUUUUCUCAUCUCCUUGGACAUGAGGGUAAAGGGGGCUUGUUUUUUCUAUUAAAAGCUAGAGGUCGGGCAUAUUCAUUUGUUGCUGGUGUUGCUAAAGACGGCAUGUAUUGCUCUUCAAUUGCUUAUAUUUUUCAAAUAGAUAUACACCUCACAGACUCUAGCUUGGAGAAGCCUCAAUUUCGUCUGGAAUCGGCUGAGCUUGUUGGAGCAGUCCGGUCUCCAAAAGUCUCAAAAACAUAA